AGUAGGGUUGGGGAAGAGUGAAGUGAGAAGCGGGAGUGAGAGAAGCAGAGAGGUGAGAGGUGAGAGGUGAGAGUAUAAAUAAAGAAGUAGGUAGGUAGGGAAUGCAGAGUUAACUGGAAUGAAUCAAAUGAAAUGGCAUUCACAGCAGAGAGGUGCGGCGAUGAGACAGAGAAGAUGACGAUGGUGUUCAGUGUGGUGCAGGAGGAGAGGUCGGCGGUGCCGGCACCGUUCCUGACGAAGACAUAUCAGCUGGUGGACGACCCUCUCACCGACCACAUUGUGUCUUGGGGCUCCGAUGAGUCCAGUUUCGUGGUUUGGAGACCCCCCGAGUUUGCCAGAGACCUCCUUCCCAACUACUUCAAGCACAACAACUUCUCCAGCUUCGUUCGCCAGCUCAAUACCUACGGCUUCAAGAAGGUAGUAGCAGAUAGGUGGGAAUUUGCAAAUGAGUACUUCAGAAAAGGAGCUAAGCAUCUUCUUUGUGAAAUCCACAGAAGAAAAAGCCCUCACCACCACCACCAUUACCAACAUCUCCAUGAUCAGCCGCCGCCGCCGCAAGAUCAUCAAGGUCUCUAUUGGAACACAGAAAUCUCUCCAACAUUAAUCCCACCUUCUCCCACCAAACCUGCAACAAGAAUAUCAGGAUCCUCAGGAGCCACUCAUGAAGUUCUAAGAGCACUUUCAGAAGACAACCAGAGACUGAGAAGGAAGAACUUGAUGCUUCUAUCAGAACUCACUCACAUGAAGAGUCUCUACAAUGAUAUCAUCUAUUUCAUCCAGAACCAUGUCAAACCAGUUGAUAAUAACAAUGAUCUUCCCUUUGAGAAAAUAAUUAGAGGCAGAUCAAUAUGCAGAAGUAGUGAUAAUGAUCAUCACAAUAAUCCCAAGCUGGUUGAAUUGGAUUCGUCUGUGUCACUUGAUCAGCCUCAAACUGACUAUUAUGCUAAGAUUAUGGAUAAUUCAUCAUCAGGUGGUUCUGUGAAGCUAUUUGGGGUUCCACUUAUAAGUAGCAGAAAGAGGUUGCAUGAGGAAAAUAUGGAUGAAGAAGAAUUUGUUGAGUGUGUUAAUUAAGAUAUUAUUUUUGAGGAUUACUACAUUAUUGGUUUUUUUUUUUUUUUUGGGUAGAUGGGAGAGGCUCUGAUUAAUUAUUUUGGUUUGAUGAGAGACUCAGUCUACUUAGCUGUUUAUGUGUACAGCAAUAUUCUGGCAGUGCUUGAAGAGAAAUGUUUGAUGAGAUUACAGACUUGCUCAUUGAUUAUUCCGGUUAUAGAUAGAAUCACUAAUUAUGGCAUCUUUGUUUUGUUUUUUUUUUUCUAUUUUUUUAACGAACUUUUCGGAUUAUAGAAAUUUUCCUUAGCUAUUUUGAUCA